AUGUUACUUAAAAUUUUAAAUAACGCACAAAUCUUACGAAAACCUUCAAGAAUCUUGCUAUCCACCGCAUCGCAUUCUUUAAAGGAACAGACAGUGAAUGUUGGAAAAUACAAUAUCAAUUUUAUUAAAGUUGGUAAUGGUCCUCACAAUAUACUAUGCGCGCCCGGGGCUUUGGGAUCAAUAUGGACAGAUUUCAAGCAUCAGAUAAAUGGUUUGGACAGGUCUCAGUUUAGUGUUGUUGUUUGGGAUCCACCAGGCUAUGGAAAAAGCACACCAGAACGGGAAUUUAGCAUUGACUUUUACCAGAAAGAUGCUGACAUUGCUUACCAAUUAAUGAAGGAACUAAACAUUCCAAGAUACUCAUUACUUGGAUGGAGUGAUGGAGGCAUUACCAGUAUGAUCCUUGCUGCAAAAUACCCUGAUACAGUUAACAAAUUAGUCAUUUGGGGUGCUAAUUCGUUUAUAUUGCCUAAAGAGUUAGAUGCUUAUAAAAAAAUAAAGGAUGUGAGCACUUGGUCAAAACAGAUGAGGGAACCUAUGAUUGAGUUAUAUGGUGAAGAAAAAUUCACAAAAUAUUGGACAAAAUGGGUUGAAACGAUGGAGGAAUUAUUUAGAGCUAAAAAUGGCGAUGUUUGUUCAGAAUUAUUAAAAAAUAUUAAGACUCCAACACUCAUUCUGCACGGAGAAAAGGAUCCGUUGGUGGAUGGGGUACAUGUUUCACAUUUACAUACUCAUAUAACCGGAUCAAGGAUUCAUUUAUACCCGGAAGGAAAGCAUAAUAUACACAUACGUUAUGCUGAAGACUUUAACAAAAUUGUGCAGGAAUUUUUACUCAAAUGA